AAAAAAAUGCGACGUAGUUCGGCACCGUCAAUGAAGCGGCCACUGGAGCGCAGUAAUACAAGCAAUAUUCCGAUUCUACCUACUUCUACAAGUGUAGGGAAAAGUGCUGAGGUAGUCAACCGACUAACACCGGAGCCGGCAUCGAUUGCCGAUGCGGAUCGGCUAAUGAUCUACAAAGUCGUUUGGGGUAAAAUAAGCACGAGAAAACAUAAAACAUGGGAAGGCGACGGAACUUUAGAAGUAACGGGGCGCAGUGCGGUUUUAAAAGAUGAAAAUGGCCGGUUCAUAUCGAAUGCAAGCGGUCUUAAGUUCGCCGAAGUGACCGAAGGCAUUCAGAUGGUGGUUGGGUCCAAAGAGGUGGAAGUGUUGGAAAAAGUACAAGGAAGAUUAAGUUCAACAUCGUCAGAGGUACCGUCAUCACCGUGCAAAAAGUCUCGCAAAGAUGUCCCGAAACAACUUUUUAAACCACCGGAGCAAUUGGCAUACGAUUCUCGAAGUGCUGAGGAAGAAACUGAAACAUCAAGUACCUCGUUUAACCGUGAUCUUAUAAAGGAUCCACUUCAAAAUAGAUCACCCGUUUCUGUGCAAAAAUCAGAAGCAGUUCCAAGAGAAACAAGUUUAGGUGCAAACAGAAAUUUUAAAUCCGUUGUAAGGACGCCGAUGAAAGAAGAUGAUCCGAUCGUGGAACCUUUAGUCAUGAAGAAACCAUCAUUCGAACAUCAAUUUCACAACAAAGCUAGCAACGAAGAGCCAGUAGAGGUUCAAGUCCCAUCGUGUCUCACCAAACAUUUGCGUCCGCAUCAGCGGGAAGGCGUCGCUUUCCUCUAUGAAUGUAUUACUGGGAUUCGGAUGGUGGAUCCACCUGGCUGGGGUGCGAUUUUAGCGGACGAAAUGGGACUCGGAAAAACGUUGCAGUGCAUUGCACUGAUGUACACCCUAAUGAAAUCCGGACCUUACGGGAAACCGCUGGCAAAACGUGUUCUUAUCGUGACACCUAGCAGUUUGGUGGAGAAUUGGGAUCGAGAGAUAAGCAAAUGGUUGCAGAAUGAACGUAUAUUUACAUUCAUAGUGGGUCCGAAUAAUAAGCUAAAGCUAUACGCACAAUCGUCCCACAUUCCGAUACUGAUAAUAUCGUACGAGAUGCUGUCGAAACAGAUCGCCGAACUAUCCACGGUUAAAUUUGAUCUAAUUUUUUGCGACGAAGGCCAUCGAUUGAAAAAUAGUAACGUGAAAGCCUUUGGAGUUCUCAGUCGAAUCGAAUGCAAACGGAGGGUCCUUCUAACGGGUACACCCAUUCAGAACGAUCUGCAGGAAUUCUUUUCUCUGAUCAAUUUUGUCAAUCCGGGCGUUCUCGGUACGUACCAGGACUUUAAAGCACGCUACGAAACCCCGAUCGUAGUAUCACAACGUCCCGGAGUGCUACCGCAAUCGAUCGAGCUGGGCAUAGAGCGAUUGAAUGAACUGAACACCAUAACGGGCCGCUUUGUGCUGCGUCGUACGCAGGAGGUAAUCAACAAGUACCUCCCGGAGAAGCACGAAGCUGUGCUCUUCUGCUAUCCCUCAGAACUGCAGACCAAGUUGACCCGAAGUGCGCUCUCAUUUUAUGAAAAUGAAAAGGGAGCAAACGCUAUCUCGCCACUGCAGUUGAUUACCGUUCUGAAAAAGAUCUGCAACCAUCCUUCCCUCAUGUCGGUGCAGGGAAAGGGGGAUCCGGAAUCGUUGGUUAGUCUGUUAGCGAACCAAUUACCUUCGUGGCAAAGGAUGGGACCAAACGAUUCGGCAAAGCUCGGUAUUGUGGAGGCUUUAUUGGAGUCGUUGCUGUCAAUACAGGAAAAGAUCGUCAUCGUGUCUUAUUUUAGCAAAACGCUCGAUAUGAUAGCGGGCUUGUGUGAACAUUACAAUUACAAGUACUGCCGCUUAGAUGGUUCUACAGCAGGGCCCGACCGGAGCAAGAUCGUCAACGUGUUCAACAAUCCCUCCUCGGACAUCUUCAUCUUUCUGCUCAGUGCUAAAGCCGGUGGGGCUGGUUUGAAUCUAAUCGGUGCCUCCCGAUUGGUACUGUACGAUAACGAUUGGAAUCCAGCCAACGACCUACAGGCAAUGUCCCGCGUGUGGCGUGAUGGUCAACGGAAACCCGUAUUUAUAUACCGAUUGCUGACAGCGUUCUCGAUCGAGGAACGAAUCUUCCAUCGGCAGAUAUCGAAGACUUCGCUCAGUGGGACAGUUGUCGAUCAGAAGCAAAAUCUGAAUAAUUUAAAAUUUUCAGAUGAUGAACUGAAAGACCUGUUUACGUUUACUGACCCAAACCAUGUGGAUGAUUGUUUAACGCACAGUUUACUCGAGUGCCCGUGUGCAGGAAUAGGAAACCCACCGGAGAUUAUUGGGCAUGACAAGGAUACGGAUGGUAGUCCAACGGAAACCAUUGAACCAGAGGCGCAAGAAGAGAGUCGGUAUCGCGUUAGACCACCGAACGUCAGACGGAACAAACCACGCACGAAGUAUGCCCUCAAAAUGCAGGAAUUGAUGCGCUGGGAGCACCAUAGAUCACCGGUGUCGGAGAGUGUCUUGGAACAGCUGGGUUUGUCGCGGUGCACGGAGGAUAUCGUAUUUCUCUUUCGAAACAUUGUUUCAGCGAACAAAUAAAGCACUGCGCUUCGGGUGUCACUUUACCA